AUGACUAUGGGAUUUCGGAAUUUAGAUUCAUCGGACGAAUAUGAUAGCGACAGCAGUAAUUUCAGUGAAGAAAAUGUUAUUGGUGAUGAAGAUAAUCAUGGGUUGUCUGAUAAUGAUUCAAGCAAUAGUCAAGAUAUGAAUGAAAAUGACUCUGGUGAAGAUGAUGAUGAUGUUGUUAAAGCUAUUAAAGCAGAAAAAAAUAAACCUAGAGAUCAUCCACCAACCAUUAACACAGAGGAUUUUAUUGUUGAUAUCUGUUUUCAUCCUAGUAAUAACCUUAUUGCAAUUGCCAAUAUUGUGGGAGAUAUACUUCUGUAUGAAUAUAGUAAUGAAGAAACCAAACUUGUUAAAACUUUAGAAUUGCAUUUGAAGGCCUGUAGAGAUGUGGAGUUUGACGAUGAUGGAACUGUUAUGUAUUCUACAGCUAAGGAUAAAGUUAUAAUGGCAACAGAUGUGGAAACUGGAAAGUUAAGACAGUGUUAUGAAAAUGCACAUGAGGAACCAGUGUAUAAACUGUUACCUUUAGAUAAUAAUAAAAUUGUUACAGGUGAUGAUAGUGGUACUGUAAAACUAUGGGACCUGCGUAGUCAGAAUCCAGUAUUUACUUUGAAAAUUGGGGAAGAGUAUAUAUCCGAUAUGAUCACAAAUGAAGCUCAGAAAUACUUAGUAUGUGCCGGUGGUGAUGGUAUUCUUACUUCAAUUGAUUUAAAAGCAAGUAAAAUUUACUCUACUUCAGAACAAUAUGAAGCAGAAUUAACAUGUCUAGGAUUAUUUAGAACAGAAACCAAAUUGUUAGCAGGGUCUUCAACAGGAAAGUUUUACCUAUUCAAUUGGAAAGAAUUUGGAUUACACAGUGAUGAAUAUAUUGGACAGAAACAUUCAAUCCAGUGUAUGAUUCCUAUUACGCAAAAUAUUGUUGUUUCAUCUGGUGAAGAUGGUAUUGUAAGAGCUGCUCAUAUGUUUCCACAACGCCAACUAGGUAUAGUUGGUCAACAUAAUCUGCCAGUAGAAAAUUUGGACAUUAGCCAUGAUGGCCAAUACAUUGCAUCUAGUUCACAUAAUGAUGAUGUGAAAUUUUGGAACAUUUCAUAUUUCGAAUCGAUUGAUGAUCUGAUAAAUGUCAAUGAAAAACAAAAUAAGAGAAGAGACAUGAUAAAUAACCUACCUUCAAGUACAGUGAAAAAUGCAUCAGAUUUUUUUUCAGGUCUGUUAUAG